CGCCCUCUUAUCCUUUCUGUUGAAUUUGUUGUGAAAAAUGGCAGCAUCUGUGCUGAAAAACGUGAUCCUCAGGCCACAGAAUUGGAUUGUCAAAAGCAAUCCAUUCUAUGCUCUUACACGUCCUUUCUGUUCUGCUCAUAGACCAGGAGAAAUGACAUCAUCUGAUGAAGAGCGCCCUCACAUGCUGCAUGCAGUGUGGAGGAUUAGAGGUCUGAAUCGCAGACCUUAUUGGGAAAGAAAACUUUGCGAAAAACUUGGUCUACACUAUGGUCUUGGGUUCAACUUUUUUCAAGACAAAACGCAACUCCACUCGAGAUUUCAAGCAGUGGUUCACAAGAACACUCCGCAGGUUAAUAUCCUCUUAAGCAAAGUUCGACACCUGAUUCGCAUCAAACCGGUCAUCCUCAGGGAUGGCGUACCGGAAGACUCAGACUUUGAAAAUUCCUUACUGAAAUGGAACGGAGAAUUCAUAAUCAGGAAGAAGGUUGAACCGACCAAUCAUAACACACAACCGUCAUUGCCAAGUGGAACAGACUCUACGACAGCGACCGUGAAUUCAAGGUGAUGGAAAAUUUCUGUGGGGCAAGAGUAGCUUACUGCGAUUGUAAACAAUAACAACUGACGUAUCACGGAAUGUUAAUAUCGUCUAUCAGCGUCUGAUACCUGUGAGCCGUGGAGAUUUGAAUUGUUGUAUUGGGACAGAUUAUCAUGAAUGUUAUAGAUAUUACUUGACAGUAAUGCCAAAAGAAAACAAUGCUGUUUAUAAACUUCGAUGAAGAACAGAUUUUGAUAUUUAAUCAGAAUUUGAUAAUACUGUAAGUCCUUGAAUUGAAGCCCUGGUCUUCUUAUUUAUGUGAACUUUGGAUGGGCUUCUUUUUAAGGCUGCAAAGUACAGAAGGGGGCUUCUUUUCAAAACAAAUGCUGUAAAUUUUGGGAAUUUGUAUUGUAAAACAUCAAUCUGUAUCAUGGAGUGUAUUAAUUGGCAUUAAAUCACGUAAACUCCUUUAUAAACCAAGCAUGUUUUUAAUUUAUUUUGUUGUUUGAAAUUCAUGUAAUGUAUAUGCACUGUACUCAAAAAGAAGCAUAUGUUAGGUUGAAAGGAAGCGCAUGGACUAAUUUUGCAAACUAAAGAGGGGGAGCUUCAAUUAGAGAUGGGCUUCUUUUGAGAUUAAGACCAUUGGGCUUCAAUUCGAGGUUUUAGACAGUUUGGGGAUGAGCAUUUGUGUGUUGAAAAAUUUAUGAGCAAUUCAUUAAAUGGGAAAUGUACUUUAUAAAAACAAACCUUCUGUUUUAAUUAUGUGUUCUUGUAAAAGAAUAAAUGUUACUUUUCUCGGAAUGUAUUAACACGUUGGCUGCUAGCAAAUAGUAUUCUCGGCCCACAGGAUGUUGCUAAGGGUGCCAGGGACGACUAUACUCGUUAAAAUCGGGGUAACAUUCUAGCGUUUAUUACUGCUUUAUUAUACAUUGUAGAACCACAGACUUAGCGGCUGGUAGUUCGAGGAAGAUACACCUAAACGAUAACGUACAAAUGACAAGUAUGUUUGUUGUGUUAUGUUGCCGGCAGUGCACAAGUGGGGGCGCCCUUUCAAUAUAUACCAACCCAUGCAAAAAGCAGACAAGAAAAUUUGCACUUGGCAUAGUCAGUUGUCACAGUGCCGCUGACGUCCCCUACUAUUUUCCCGCCAGUUUAUUAGACACAUCACUUUGAUGAUAUAUGAUUAGAUAAGAUUUCAAAAAAGUAUGUACUGUAUAUGUAAACUUGUUUUGGCACACUGGAAGGAACCUUAAAAAAAGGUGUGGCAGUCACUGUGUUAAUGAUUUAAUUGAUAUAUAUUUACCAUAUUUAUUUGAAUAAACUCCCGGUGUUGAAUUUAUUCUA